UGGCGGGCACCUGUAGUAAGAUUUGUGUUUGUAAUUUGAAUCGUUUCACAUUAUGGGAGAUCCUGACUUUGAAUUCGCUCGCCUGUUGCAAGAACAGUUCGACAGAGAAGCGGCUAAUAACAUUGUCUCACCACCAUCUUCAGCGAGGGUGCCGGUUUCCUCUAAAUCACCAUUAUCAAUUGUUGACGCAAGUUGGGAGCUGACAGAUCCCAACCCAGACAUCAGAGCCUUGUUUCUUCAGUACAACGAUCGAUUUUUCUGGGGGAAAUUAGCCGGAAUUGAGGUCAAAUGGAGUCCAAGAAUGACUUUAUGUGCUGGAUUGUGUGUGUAUGAAAGACGAGGAGGGCUGUGUUCUGUUCGAUUGAGUUUGCCACUAUUGAAACUGAGACCUAGGAAAGACCUUGUUGAAACAUUACUGCAUGAGAUGAUUCAUGCGUAUCUGUUCAUCACCAACAACGACAGGGAUCAUGAUGGCCAUGGCCCUGAGUUCCAGAAACACAUGAACAGAAUCAACAAGGAAACGGGGACGAGUAUCUCAAUCUAUCACACCUUCCAUGAUGAAGUAGCAGAGUAUAAGAAGCACUGGUGGCGAUGUGACGGGCCUUGUCAGAACAGACGUCCAUACUUUGGCUUUGUGAAGCGUGCUAUGAACCGAGCACCCUCGUCCAAUGACCCCUGGUGGGGGGACCAUCAGAGGACAUGCGGGGGAACAUACAUCAAGGUGAAGGAACCAGAGGGGUAUGGGCAGAAGAAGGGCAAGAAGGAAAAAGAAAGCAAGAAAGAAACCGUCAUUCCUGAUAAGAAAAAUGUCAAGAGUCCUGAUAUCAGAAGUUUCUGGGGUCAAGGUCAGGUGACUGGGUCCAAGGUCACGUCUGUGAAAAAGCCUCCCUCCAGUACAGUGACAUCUUCCAGUCAGUUCUCUUCCAAUGAUGAUCCACAGCUUCCUAGUCUUCCAUCCAGUUUUGGAAGUAUGAAGUCAUCAGGAGAGACAAAUCCAAACAAAAGCAAAAGUUCUAAUGUCUUCACAGAUACCAAUGGUGCUGGUUCACUAAGUAACAGAUCAAGUUCUGUGGACAUGCCAUCCAGGGAACCAAAGCCAGUCGAGGAAAAAGAAGAAGAAUUAUUUGAAAGAGAUGUGUCACAAAGGGUUAAACAAAAUCCUGUUCUUGGUAAUUCCAGAAUACCAAGUCGAACAACAGGAGUUCUGGUAAAAACUAUUUGGGACCAAACCACAAGCCCUAACCCAAAUAAGAAGCCUAGCUCAACUUCUGAUGGGGGGCCUCAAAUAUGUGAUAUCAAUUCUGUUGGCACUAAUAGUAUGUCAGACAGUGUUAAAUUCUCAGGUCAAGGUCAUGUCCUUGGCAGUUCACAAGGUCAAGGAACUAGUUUUCUUGCACAACUUAGACGGAAUAUGAACAAAUCAGACAAACUUACCAACUAUUCACCCAAAACUGACUCGAGUAUGAAUAAAAAUAUAUCUCUCAGUCCCCAAAAAAUCAGGGAAGUGCAAGCAAAUCACCUGGUUAUCACAAAGUUAGUCCUGUCAAGUCUAUCAAAGAAUGGUUUGGAUCUGAAAAUAAAACAAUCUCUCCCAACUCUCCAAAACAAGGCAGCUCCACAAAGAAGGUAAAUUCACGGUUCCCCUUCAAAAAGUCUAGAGGUUAAAGAAACCUCAUCUAUUAUUCUAGGUAAUCAAAAUUCACCAGACAAUAACAGAAAAAACAAAACAGUGUCUGUUUCAGAUGACAAUGAUGUUUCAAGCCCAGUAAAAUCACUAUUCAAAAAGGUUAAUCCUGCUUCAAAUUUCACUUCUCCACCCUAUAGAAGAAUAUCUUUGUACAACACUUCUCCAACCAAAGCCAGUCACAGUCAAAAUGACCUUCACUUUGAUGUGGGGAAUAUUCAGUCUUCCCAUAAUGAACACAUAGCAAGGUCAAAUAAAGCUGUUACUGGCUCCAAGAGAAAACAACCCUCCAGUUCCAAUGAUGUUUCAAGGAAAAGUGAAAAAAGUGAUGCUAUGAGGUCAUGGACAAGAAGACCACACUACUCAUCAUCUGACGACAGUGACAUUGAAGAAAUUUUACCACCAACAAAGAAAAGUAAGGUUGAGAACCAUAACAGUGGUGGUUCUUACCAGGUGAAGAAUGUGGACAAAUUCAAUAAAGGCAAGCACAAAGGUGGUUCUGCAAGUGCUGGAAAGUCUGUAGGAAAGAAAAAGUCUGAGAAUGCUAUAGAUCAAGGUGGCUUCAGUAGUUAUAGAGAUGAGAGAGACAGCCAAGCUUCAAGUGGUGGAGGACAUGGUCAAAGGGGAGAUAACUUUAGCAGCACAAAUACACAAGAUCCACGGCAGUGUUGUCCAGUGUGCCAAACACAGGUCCUUGCCUCACAGAUAAAUGCACACCUAGAUCAGUGCCUUACAUUUGCCUGA